GGGGAGGGGGAGGGGGAGGGGAGGGGGAGGGGGCCGGGCUGUUUUUCUGGAGAGUUAGAGCCUGAGUGAGACAAAGCGCCGGCGGGCCAGGCGGGCCAGGCAGGCGCCAUGGAGCUGCGGGCCCGGGUCCUGCUCUGGAAACUUGUGCUUCUGCAGAGCUCUUCUGUCCUUCUGUCCUCAGGGCCAGCCGGGCCCGCGACCCCGGGCAGCUCCGUGGUGUCCGAGUCUGCAGUGAGCUGGGCAGCCGGCGCCCGGGCUGUGCUGCGCUGUCAGAGCCCGCGCAUGGUGUGGACGCAAGACCGGCUGCACGACCGCCAGCGCGUGGUCCACUGGGACCUCAGCGGCGGCCCGGCCGGCGGCCCCGCGCGCCGACUCGUGGACAUGUACUCGGCGGGCGAGCAGCGCGUGUACGAGCCGCGCGACAGCGGCCGCCUGCUGCUGACCCCCUCCGCCUUCCAGGACGGCAACUUCUCGCUGCUCAUCCGCGCGGUGGAGGACACAGACGAGGGGCUGUACACCUGUAACCUGCACCACCAUUAUUGCCACCUCUACGAGAGCCUGGCCGUGCGCCUCGAGGUCACCGACGACCCCUGGGCCGCCGGCGCGCACUGGGACGGCGAGAAGGAGGUGCUGGCGGUGGAGCGCGGCGCGCCCGCGUUGCUGACGUGCGUGAACCGCGCGCACGUGUGGACCGACCGGCACCUGGAGGAGGCGCAGCAGGUGGUGCAUUGGGACCGGCAGCCGCCUGGGGUGCCGCACGACCGCGCGGACCGCCUGCUCGACCUGUACGCGUCGGGCGAGCGCCGCGCCUACGGGCCGCCCUUCCUGCGGGAGCGCGUGGCGGUGGGGGCGGACGCCUUUGCGCGCGGCGACUUCUCGCUGCGCAUCGACCCGCUGGAGCCGGCAGACGAGGGCACCUACUCCUGCCACCUGCACCACCACUACUGCGGCCUGCACGAGCGCCGCGUCUUCCACCUGAAGGUCACCGAGCCCGCCGCCCGGCCGCCCCCGCGGGACUCGCCGGGCAACGGCUCCAGCCACAGCGGCCCGCCCGGCCCAGGUGCAGGAGACCCCACGCUGGCGCGCGGCCGCAGCGUCAUCAACGUCAUCGUCCCCGAGGGCCGGGCCCACUUCUUCCAGCAGCUGGGCUACGUGUUGGCCACCCUGCUGCUCUUCCUGCUGCUGCUGGUCACCGUCAUCUUGGCCACCCGACAGCGCCGCCGCGGAGGCUACGAGUACUCCGACAAGAAGUCCAAGUCCAAGGGGAAGGACGUGAACAUGGUGGAGUUUGCUGUGGCCGCCGGGGACCAGGCUCUUUACAGGAGGGAGGACAUCCAACUAGGUUACAAAAACAACCUCCUGAAGGAGAGGGUUGAGCUGUCCCACAGCCCUCUGCCUGCAAAGAGCAUCGACUUGGACAAAGCAGGGGGCAGAGGGCAGACAACACCUGUCCCCUUGGCUUCCAGAGUUCAGGAAGGAGUACUGCAAAUAAGGCGACCCCGGGCUCCUGGCUGGGCCAGCAGCUCUGCCAGCUCUUGUCUGCCCACCUCAGAAGACUCUUCCUGACCCCCAUGCAGCUCGCCUGGCCCCCCUUCCAGCGGCUGGUCCCGCUGUCCCGGAACUUGGCCUGGACUGGUGCAGGGUGAGGCUGCCUCCAGACCCCCCUUGGGGGCCACCUGAUCCUCAUACGCGAUCGUGGGCUCCUUAGGGCUCUGCCGGCACUGCAGGCGGGCCCCUUCAGCAGCCCUCGACUGGUGCUAUUCCCGCCUCGCACGGCCAAGACCCCGCUGAGGUUCACCAGUCUCUCAGGCUCUGCUGGCCUCUGCCCACUGGGGGCUGGGGGCCCCACCUCUGCAGGGAGAGGGGCGUGAGGGGGCUCAGUGGGGAUUCUUGGAGCUGGGGUCAGCCUCAGGCCUGGCACUCCCACCCCUUCCUUGCCCCGUCCUUGGGGGAGCUGCCCACCAGCUCCCCUCAACAGCACCCCAAGUUACGCUGCCAGGCUGUCUUGGGCUCUGCAUGGUAACCCGAGGACCGUGCACUCCAGGCCCGGGGCUAGUGUCCCUCUGCGCUGCGUGUGGUCCCCUGGGGCCCCCUCUCUGCUUUCCACCCUGCUUCAGCCCUGUUGCCAGCAAGCUGCCUUGACAGUCACUAGGCUCCAUGUGACUUCUGACCCUGACUCCCUUCCCUCGGCCCCUCCUUGGGCUGGAGUCCAGGGGUGAGGCCUCAUUUGACUCCGUUUUGGCUGAGGACAGGAGGGGGGGUGAAGAUGGUUUUAGAGUGGCCAGCGCUGCCACUCCUGACACCCCACAUUUGCUCAUCCUGGGGAAUUGCUAUCAUCUCAAUAAAGACCACAUCUGAUUUUA